AUGUUUAAGCAUUUUCAGGAUAUUUUAGAUGGUGAAAUGAAACGACUUACUAGUCUCGGUGUUGGUUCAAAUGUCCGACAAGCGCAAGCAUUUUCAGAAGAGCAAGAAGAACUUUUGUGGAAAUCAAAUCUACUGGGCUCCGACUCACCAGUGACAUUACUAAAUACAAUGGUUUUUUUGAUCGGCAAGAAUUUUUCGCUUCGGAGCGGAAAAGAACAUCGUUCAUUAAAGUUCAGUCAACUUACACUGGAAGCUGCGACUGGGGAUGAACCUGAGAAGCUUAUUUACACAUCUUUUGGAGAAAAGAAUAACUUGGGUGGUCUUAAACAUCGUACCAUGAAACGGAAGCGUGUGGAGCAUUACGCAAACGAUGCGUGUCCUGAUCGUUAUAUGGUGCAUUUAAAUAAGAUGUAUGUGGAGAGAUGCACUUCUGAAGCCAUAAUAAAGGAUGUGUUUUACGUUACUCCCAAGCGAAAGUGUCUUGAUUCUGAUAAAGGUAUGUUAUGCUACUGAUAUUUUGAAUAUCCUUUGCUUAGAAUUUAAAUUGUUAAAUUUUUGUUCUUUUAGUGUGGUUCACGUUAAACCCAGUUGGCCACCAUACGUUGGGCAAUACGGUGAAACAUUUGUGUGAGAAAGCUGGCAUUGAUGGGCAUUACACGAAUCAUAGUCUUAGGGCUACUACUGCAACACGUGGUCUUGAAAAAGGGAUUGCGGAGAAAUAUGUCAUGGAGAGAACCGGCCAUAGAGAUGUGAGAUCACUUCAGCGAUAUCAAAAACCGAACGUCCAACAAAAGAUUGAGAUUUCAAGAGCGUUUGAUUUAUC